GCUCUACAAAACAAGAUGUGUUGGCAAAUUAUCCCAACCAUGUUUGUGCUGAUGGACUUCCUUCAGGUGGCAGCUGCCCAUUGCAUGGUCCAUCCAGUUCCUGCCAGGAAUUUCACUCUGCCCUGUGUGCUGCUGAAUGAGACCUUUUGGAGCCCUUUCUCAGCUGGGAGCUGGUCUGGUUUGAGGAGAGAACUUGGAGCACCCAAAAUCAAGCAUUUAAUGAAUGAAGAAAAUUUUCUGUGUUGCCUUUGGAGUUCCAGCAACAUUGACUGUUCUUUGUACAGAGCAAGCAUGCAGGCAAGGAAGUUUAUUCCUUCAGAAAUAAGUCUCUCUGCUCCUCAGAAAAUAGACUGGAGCUGGAACAUGGAAUGUUGGAUUAGAGGCAGGCUGGACCUGUUGGUUUGUAACCUGCAGCUUUUGAAGCUGGACCUGAGAGCUGACCUGAGGGUGAAUCUUUUAUACUCUGGGUCAGAGCUGUCCCUGGGGGCUGCAUCCACGAGCUCUCUGCAGGGCACUGUGAGGGUGGCUCCCUGUGCCUGCAGGGACCAGGCCAGCUGCCAGUGCCUGGUGGCCACCCCGAGCCUCAACCACACCUACCUGCUGUGGCUGGAGAUGGUGGCAGGUGGCACAGCCCUGGGGUCACCACUGAUGGCCCUGCAGCCCACGGACAUUGUGAAGCCUGAGGCCCCCGUGAAGCUGCACCUGGAGCUGGCUGAGAAGGGCCAGGUGAAGCUCUGCUGGUCCAGCCCUGCCCCCCUGCCCUUCCCUCUGCAGCACCAAGUGAGGAUCUCUGCUCCUCCAGGACACGGGUACAGCCAGAUGCUUCAGGUUGCCCUGGAAAGCUCCAUGGCCCUGGACAAUGCCCUGCUGGACUCUGCAUGCUCAGUGCAAGUGAGGAGCAGGAAUCUCCGUGGUCCAGGCUUCUGGAGUGACUGGAGCACACCCUACAACCUCACUUUGGGAGCUCAGGUGCUGUACUUCCCUGCCAGGACCCUGGCCCGCGCUGGCUCCAGCCUUUCCUUGCUGUGCACGGUGCGGAACCGCUCGCAGCCCGUGGCGGCCCGGGAGCUGGUGUGGUGGCUGAACCUGGCAGAGCCGCUCCCGGCCAGCCAGACCUCCGUGCUGAGCAGCCGCGUCAGCCGAGUGACCCUGUCCGACCUGAGAGCCACCCAGCCCCGGGGCAGCUUCCUCUACAGCGCCCUGUACUGCUGCCACCAGAGCCGCCAGUGCCACCACACCUACGCUGAGCUCUAUGUCGUGGACAUGGAUUUUAAUAUCUCCUGUGAGACUGAUGGAUACCUGACUAAAAUGACUUGCAGGUGGUCUGCAAACCCAACCACCUUGCUCCUGGGCACUCUGCAGUUAAGAUAUCACAGGAGCCAAAUUUAUUGCUCUGACUUUCCAAGCCCAUCUCCAAACUCAGAGGUGAAAGAAUGCCUUUUGCAGAGCAACCAUUCCUACGAGUGCACGUUCCAGCCCAUUUUCCUGUUAUCUGGAUAUACCCUGUGGAUAGAAUUCACACACUUCCUGGGAACCCUGCACUCCUCCCCAACCUGUGUCAUCCCAGCAGACGUGGUGAAGCCUCUGCCCCCUUCCAGCGUGGGAGCAGAAGUGACCGGGAGCGCGCGGCUGCUGAACGUCACCUGGAGCCAGCCUGUCUUUGCCACAGGGCUGCUGGCAUUCCAGAUCCGCUGGAAGGCACGCAGCAGGGAGGAGCUUCCAUGGCAGCUCCAUGAGGUCCCAAACCCAGGAGGGAGCUGGGCUGUGAUCCGAGUGGAGCAGCUUUGUGUGGAGUACGCGGUGCAGGUGCGCUGCAGGGAGCUGGAAGGAUCCGGCUACUGGAGCGACUGGAGCAGAGCAGCCCAAACCCUUGUCCAGGACAUCAGAGCUCCCGUGCAAGGCCCGGAAUUUUGGAGGAUCGUUUCUGAGGAUCCAGCUGGGAAGCAGAGGAAUGUUACACUCCUGUGGAAGCCCCUGAUGCAGAAUGACUCCUUGUGCAACGUGAGCAGGUACAUCAUAAAGCACCAGACCCCAGGGAACCCCUCCUGGGAGGAGUUUGUGGAUCAUGGCACCAGCUGGACUUUCCCAUGGAUGGAGCCAACCCACACCGUCACCAUCCUGGCCAUGAAUUCAGUUGGAAUUUCUGCAAUUAAUUCCAAUUUAACUCUAUCCCAGCAAAUGAGCACAGUGGAUGCUGUGCAAUCCCUGAGUGCUUACCUGGUGAACAGCACCUGUGUGGUUGUGGUUUGGAGUCUCUCCCCACAAAUCCCUGGCAUAAAAUCCUUUGUGAUUGAGUGGAGGAACCUGAACCAAGAGGAGCAGAUGAAAUGGCUGCGAGUUCCUCCAAAUCUCAGGAAAUAUUUCAUUUAUGAUCACUUUAUCCUGGUUGAGAAGUACCAGUUCAGCCUCUACCCUGUCUUUGCUGGAGGAGUUGGCAAAGCCAGAGCCACGGAUCAGUUUGCCCAAGGGGGAUUUGAAACUGGGAAUACUGGCAGCCUCCACGUGGUUCUGCCCAUUGUUUUCUCCACCUCAGUUCUGCUGCUGGGAGCGUUGCUGGUUUCACACCAAAGGAUGAAGAAGCUGCUCUGGGAGGAUGUUCCCAACCCCAAGAACUGCUCGUGGGCACAAGGAGUUAAUUUCCAGCAGCCUGAGACUCUGGAGCAUCUCUUUGCCAAGCACCCCGAGCCAAUGUCAUGUGAGCCGCUUCUGCUGGAGGCAGAGAUGGUGCUGGAGGACAUCAGCAUCACCAGAACCUUAGGAAAAGAAGAGCCAGGGGAUUUUUUAGGAACUGACUCCACAUUUCCACCCCCCCAGGACUCGGAAUGUGACUCUGCAUGCUCCAGCAGCCCCUUCCAGAGCAGCAGCUUCUGCAGGAGCUGCCAGGACGGAGAAGCGGCGGCGCAGGGUGACCUCAGAUACGCCACGGUGAUCGGCAGCUGCGCCUCCAGGGGGCUGUGCUGGCACAAACCCGGCCCCAGGAGCUGCUUGGGCAGCUGCUGCCUAGGGCAGCACCCCAUCGUUCUGGGUGCCUUCUGCAGUGCUGCUUGGGAGGUUGGCAGUGGGGCCCUGCUGGUGCUGCCUGGCUGCCAGCCCGGCAGGGCUCUGUCCCUGCUGUCCUCGGAGGGCUUCUCGGAGCCUUUGCACCAGCGCUGCCUCUGUUACCUCGGGGUCACAGCCCUGGACAAAGGACACACGGACCUGCUCCUGACAGACAGCUCCAGGGGCACGUGUCAGCCCCAGAGCCCAGAUCUGCUCACGGAGGGGGAGGGUCUCCAGCACAUCCCAGCCAGUGUCAAGGAGUUUCUCCAAAGCAGCCUCAAGCCUAAAGGCACCGUUCCCUAUGUUCCACAGUUCCGGAUGGCUGCAGCCAAAGGGCAGCAGGCCACGGAGAAAAAGUGACAGAGUCACCCCAAAAUUCCAUAUUCCUGAAGUUUUUCCAGGUGUUGAUGCAUUCCCCUGUUUUCCCUCUCUUGCUUUUUCCAGCUUGUUCUGGUUUUAGGCUUCACCUGGAGCCCCCAAGGGUGAGAGAGCUGAUCCGUGGCCUGGGAUGUUUCUGAGGGAGAAAAGCUGGAAUGGGCCAUUUCCCUGGGAUGAUUUGUGACAUUGAUCAGCCUGGAUGUGGUUGCAAGGAAUGGAUCAAGGAGUGAAAGGCUCAGGCUGCUGCAGGAAGAGGAGGAGAAUCCAAAUUCCUGUGUUUCCAUUAAUUGGAUGAAAUAAUGCAUUUAAAGUAAAGUAUCCACAUUUUAUUGUUGAACACGAGAUUCCAAAUGGUGCAAUUUUACACUGACAUCUCUUCCCAAGCUCUUUCCUAAGAUUCCAUGGGAUAAAAGACAGGAACUGGAUCCAAGGACCCUGCAUUUUUGAUUUUGGGAGAUCAACCUCUCUGUAUGGCCUUGGAGGAGUCACUUUGCCUCUACAAGCCUGCCAGGAAGCCUCAGGUGGGAGUAAAUCAGGUCUGCAUCUUCUGGGAGAAGCAGGAAAACAAACCCACACCUAUUUGCAAGCCAAAGCUAUUUUUUUUUGUUUCAUUUCAAAGUUCAUAAAUAUUUUUCUACACCUGCCUUUUCAGAGAACUAUUUUGAGGAGUGAAGGAGGAUGAAUUUAUUGUGCAUUCCAAAGAAUAUAUUUCUGUCAAACUUCAGUGAGACAAAACCGAAGGGCAAAACUGAAAUUAAAAACCAAAGCAAUGAUGAAUUUAAGCUCAGCUUAACACAAACCCCACUGCUGGGUUUUAUUAAGCUGCUGACCUGGCUCUUAUGGGGCUCUUUGAUGCUGGAUGUGACACAGAUCCAAUGUAUUUGGGUGGGGUGAGGAAUUCAAACCUGUUUUGUGUUAGAAGCCAAGACUUGUCACUGUGGUUGGAGCUAAACCUGCAGGAUCCUGUGGCAUUCCAGGCUAAAGCUGUGAUGGAUGCUGGAUUUAGGAUUCACUUCCUGCAGUUGGGAAGGGACAGCAGAGCCCAUUUCUCUGGAGAAUGGAAUGAUCCUUUCAUGGAAGUGUCCAGAAAAAUUAUUUGGUUGUGUUUGAAGAUCAUCUUUCUCCAGAAAUAAAAAGCUGAUGUUGAUUUUGGCCUGCCCAGUCCUUUCCCAGUAAUUCCAUAUGAACAGAGGGAGCUUAACCAUGGGAAUGAUCAGCUGAGGGACCAGGGAAGGCUUUCCUGGGAACAUGGAACAUUCAGGAAUUAGGAGAUGUGCAGGAGGUCUCUCAUCCAUGGACA